AGCUACCGCCCGCGCCAAGGGGAAAAGCCACAGAUCCAUCCAUGUUCCAGAGUGGCGGUCUUCUUCACUAAAGUAUCGUUAUGUUUUUGUACUGAGACGUUCCAAUUUACUGGGCCAUUUGCCUAAUAUGUGGUGACGACAAAGAAUUCAACGCGAACGUGAUAUAUUUCUCCAGCUGAAUCUCCCGAGCGUGCGUGAACAUUAGAAGAACACCGUCUGACGUACAGAUCUUCCACGUACUUGGACGUCAUGUCAACAGCUACUGUUGCAAUGAGGUGGUUGGAGUUGCUAGAAAAAGAGUUCGAUAGGGCGUAUUUAGACCUGGACAUACUGUUGGGCGAGAUUGAUGAGGAGCAAUGUGAUAUCAUCUACGAGGGACGUCGAAAGAUGACUGCUCUAACCAGUGCUUUUGCUCAACUCUGCCACAAAUCGCAGACGGUCUUUGAAACAAACGAAAGACUAGAGCAAGAAGCGCAAGAGUUGAAGGCCUCCCUGUAUGAAGCGCAGUCAACGAGCGCGGUGCUCAACAAGGAGCUCCAACACCUAGUUCUCCAGCUGCACUCUGCUCAGCUGCAAGUUUCUGCGCAGGUCGGCCACGCCUCGGGUGCUUCGGUCAUGAAACAUGAUAUGAAGCAGAAACUGGAACAAGAAAUUUACAUGUAUCGACGAGACCUGGGCCGUGAGAUGGUGCUGGACGCAGAGGUGGCACAGCUGCGCAAGGAGAAUGUAGCCCUGCGAAGAGACCUUGUCUCCUUACAAAGCGAACUGUUUGGUGCAAAACUCACUGCUAAGUACCUUGACAAAGAAUUGGCUGGAAGGAUCCAACAGAUACAGUUGCUUGGAAGAGACAUGAAGCAUAAUGAGCAUGAGCGACUGUGGAACCAGCUCGAGUCUGAGAUCCACCUGCAGAGGCACAAAGCUGUGAUUCGUGCCUGUAGAGCAAGGGCAAAGCAAAUACAACCACCAAACACUCAAAAGCAGCCUCCUGGUGGGAAGACACAGUGGGGUGAAGUACGCACAGUACGCAUAGCAAAAGACAAGAAUGAAGGUCUUGGAAUCUCAAUCACGGGAGGACUUGAGCAUGGGGUUCCCAUUGUCGUUUCUGAAAUCCUGCCGAAUAUGCCAGCAUGGAGAAGUGGGAAGCUUUUCGUUGGGGACGCAAUUCUUUCAGCUAAUAACACAGAUCUCAGACAAAUGAAGCACAAUGAUGCUGCCAAAGUGCUUUCAGGGCUGGAAGGUGACAUAAUCUUGGAAGUGCUGUACAUUGCCCCUGAUGACGACAGUGAAGAAGAUGACACUCAUGACCUGAGGUACCAGUUCUUUUAUCCAAGCGACGACAGUGCUCCGGCAAGUGACGAAGAUGCAGCAUUGCUGGGUCGAUUUACCACCUCUCCCCAUGCAGUCAACAAGAGCAGUCACCCUGCAGUGAUAUCACAAGAGACAAUCAAGGACCAACGAAAACAACUGUAUCUGGAAGAAAACGGAGGCAAGGGUGACAGAAACUGAAGCACUCUCGUCAUUGUACGCUACGUCCUGCUCUGACUUCUUCAUUAAAAUUACAAUCAAGUGUUA